UGUAGAUAGCUAGGUAAACACAUGUAUGCGUGUGUAUCUCGGGAUGAAACAUGCUACUUCCCCAUUACAGGAUGACGCCAUGGACAUCACCCAGUGAGUUUAAGCUCCCUUUAGGCUGUUGUAUCGAUGGAGUUUAAAGACAUUUGUUGACGUUUGAAAGAUUGUCAUCAUGAUGUCCUGCCGUUUAUACAUUGCGCCUCUGGUCUUCUGCGCCCAAGUGGCCAGCUCCUUUUUUGACACCGCUCUCCAAAUGGUCGUGAAAGAACGAUGCGCAAACGCCACCGAUCCGGACAGCGAGCAGAAAGCCAUCACCAACUUUAACAUGAUCUUCAACAUGGUAUUCAAAUUCACCCCCAUUGUACCUGCGAUCCUCUUGGCAAAGGUUGGCGACAAAGGUUACAGGAAAGUGCCGAUUGUUGUUCCUCUGAUCGGUUACUUGGUGUCCAGAGCUUUACUUUUGCUCGAUAUCGUACUGGAAUGGCCUCUCCAGGUGUUGUACGCGGUACCGGUUAUUCAUGGACUGUGCGGAGGGUUCGCGUCAUAUUGGGCCGGCGUGAUGGCGCUUGUGUCGCUGUGCGCAAGUGAGGAUACGCGCUCAUUGCGCAUCAUGAGGACCGAGCUGGUGUAUGGCAUCGCUGGUUUUAUUGGCAGCUUGGCUUCUGGUCACCUAUUUGACCUGUAUACUGUAGAUCUCAAGCAUGGGGUCAUUUUAUCUGGAUUGAGUGUGCUUCUCUAUGUCUUCUGUCUGAUUUACGCUGCGUUUAUCCUGCGAGUGGAUCAUCUAGUGCUUGAAGACAAGCAGGAGAGACGCCAAAGUGUUGGGAUUAUAAACCAUGAAGCUCGUGAUUUGAUGAAUAUCAUUUUGCUCUUCGGCAGUGGGAUUUUGUAUGAUAUAGCAGUGGCAGGAGGGAUAGAGAUGCUGGCGGCGUAUGUGCUCAAAGACCCGUUGAAUUGGGGCGCGACAGAGGUGGGUUAUGGAAACGCGGCUGGAUCUUUGCUCUUCAUCACCAGUUUUGUGGGUGUGAAGAUCUUCACGAGGUGUUCUGUGAGAGAUGAGAGUAUGAUCAUGAUCGGAAUGGUGUCAUUUGCCGUUGGGAUUUACUUCAUGGCAUUUGUGACCACAACUCCGACGUACUUUUUGGCUCGCUCUCUCACUCUGUUUGCUUUGAUUCCAAUGCCCACCAUUCGCUCGCUGCUGUCCAAACAGGUCAAGGGAACCUCAUAUGGCAUUACCUUCGUACUACUCCAGUUGUCCUUUAAACUUGCAAGCUUGGUGACCACACCCAUUUACACCAAGAUCUAUCAGGCCUACCUUGACACCUUCCCAGGGUUUGUCUUCAUACUGUCCAGCAUCUUUACUGUUCUUUCUAUGAUACCCAUCAGUAUUGUAGGAUGUCGUUCUGCAAGACACAAUGGAUAUGAGACAAUUCAAGGGAACUGAAAGCAUCAAAGCCCAUGAAUGCAAAUGCAAACAUAGCGUACCUUCCAGAAAAUUAUGUGUUUGAAAUAAGCAUCCUUGCACAGUAAACGAUUUGUAGAAAUACACUGAUAUACAAUAUAGAAAAUAUUUUUUUGAUAUUUUACUCAGGUGACCGGUUUGUUUACUAGAAUAGAUAAUGGUACAUUUAGUUGGCUAUAGUUACACUGUUUACAGGUUGUGUAAUAUGUUUAGUGUCAUAUUUGGCCUGUUUCUGAUAUUCUGUUGAGAUCUGCACUGCUUAUUUGACAUUUAUGGCAUUUUUAAUCAGAACUUUUACAUUUUGUACAGUUUGUAAUGAACUGAAUUAUUUGUACAUCUGCAGGAAUCUUAUUAAAUAAUAUACACA